CUGGGAGAGCUUCAACAUCAUCCAGUGCCACCCCUGCCAUGGGCAGAGACACCUUUCACCAUCCCAGGGUGCUCCAAGCCCUGUCCAACCUGACCUGGGAUAAUUCCAGGGAUGGGGCAGCCACAGCUUCUCUGGGAAUUCCAUCCCACCGCCCUCACAGGGAAGAAUUCCUUCUCAAUAACCCAUCUAACCCCACCUUCCUUCAGCUGGAAGGCCAUUCCACCUUGUCCUGUCUCCUCUGCUCUUGUAGAUGAACACAGGAAGGUUCCUGUGGUUGCCUCUGCGCUGUGCUGAGCAGAGGGGACACUGGCAGUGUCACUGUAGGGUGACACAGGCUCUCCACAAGAGCUGUGAGCCUCAGUCCUGUACAGCUGCUGCUGGGACAGUCCCACUCCAAACCAGGCAGCCCCAAACCUGGUUGUGUCCUUCCCACAAAGCCUCAGCUCAGUUUCCCCCCAGAGGCAGGUGCCUCCCACCACUCCCUUCCAGCCCUGUCUCCUCCAUAGCGCUUUCCCAAAGGGAGAGAUCCUUCUUCCUCAAGGAUCCUAGCCAGAAAUUCUGGGAUCUUACUGACACUGUGCUGCCUCUUGCCUUGAAGAGGGCGGAAGGCUCCUCAGGUGCCACUGAGAGGGUGAGGAAGGGGCUCUCUGACUUCCUGGGGGUCAUCUCGGACACCUUUGCUCCCUCCCCGGACAAGACCAUUGACUGUGAUGUGAUCACACUGAUGGCAACACCCUCAGGUACCACCGAGCCCUACGACAGUGCCAAGGCUCGUCUCUACAGCCUCCAGUCUGACCCAGCCACCUACUGCAAUGAGCCCGAUGGCCCUGCUGAGCUGCUCGAGGCCUGGCUCGCUCAGUUUAACCUGGAGGAGAAGAAAGGGGAGAUUGCAGAGCUGCUGGCAACCAGCCCUUCCAUCCGGGCACUCUACACCAAAAUGGUCCCUGUGGCUGUUUCCCACUUGGAGUUCUGGCAGCGCUACUUCUACAAACUGCAUCGCCUGGAGCAGGAUGAAGCCCGCAGGGAGGCUCUGAAGCAGAGAGCGGAGCAGAGCAUGCACCAAGAGGAGCCAGGCUGGGAGGAAGAUGAAGAGGAGUUCUUGGGGAUGUCCCCCCUGCCUUGUGCAAACAUCACAUUUCCAGGAGCAGCACAGAAAGAAUCGGCCCCAGCAGCCCCAGAGGGAAACCACCCUGCUGCUCCCUCUGGGGAGAGCUGGGCUGUGCUGCCUCCAGAGCUGGUCCCAGUGGAGCAGAGCCCCUCAGAGAGCAGCGAGAGCGUGUCCCUUGUGACUCAGAUUGCAAACCCUGCCUCUGUGCCUGCCACCCAGCUACAGACUGCAGCUCCGCCCAUGGGCACCGAGGACCUCUCCCAGAGGCUGGUGGAGGCCACUUUGGAAGAGCAGAGCUCCCUGCCAAAGCCCCCAGAAGCUGCUCAGCCUUCUGCACCUGCUGAGGAAUCAGCAGCAUCCUUGGAGCCAGCAGCUGGAACAGAGCUCAGAGAGCUAGAGAGCAAAGGCCAGGGCAGGACAGAGACUCUGAGAGAGGAAGGGCCCACAGAUCUGCGAGUCUUCGAGCUCAACUCAGAUAGUGGCAAAUCCACCCCCUCCAACAACGGCAAGAAAGGCUCCAGCACAGAUAUCAGCGAGGACUGGGAAAAGGACUUUGAUCUGGACAUGACGGAAGAGGAGGUGCAGCUGGCACUGUCCAAGGUGGAAAUGUCUGGGGAGCUGGAAGAUGAAGAGUGGGAAGACUGGGAAUAAAGCAGCUGCUUCCAGUGUGUGUCACAGGCUCAUUUCCACCAUUGAAUGUGAAUUCAAUCACGGACCGGCUGUUCCUUUGUGUAUGACUGUGCUGGGGGUUGCAGUUCCAGGCUGGAGGAGUUCCAUUCCUGCUAAAACCUGUGGGCAACUCAAGUGACCCCUUCAGAUCCAGGAGGAGGAAGCAGGAAAUCACUGGCACACAGGAACCCGACUUCUCCGUAGGUCCUAGAGACUGGCCAAGCCAAAACUGACCCUGAUGUGUUGGGAAGAGGCAGAGUGAGGGGUCCCUGGGGCCAGCUGGGCACUCGGGGCCCUGCCAGGUGUGCUGGGUGCUGCCAGGCUGCCAGCUGGCUCCUUCCUUGCUUGUGUGUGCACGUGUAACCUGCAGCUGAGAGGCUCCUGGAUGUAGCUGUCCCUGCUCCGCUCGCUGCUCCGCAAUUCCCACCCGGAAAGCAACACCCAGGGAGGGCCUGAGGGCUGGAGGUGCUGCAGAAAAAGGCACUUGGCUCGUGGCUUUGACCCUGGAAGGAGCCAAACUCCCUGCCAAACGCUGAGCUUCUGCCUGGCUUUUUGUCUUGGAAGCUUUUUCUCAUGGAAACUCCUGUUUCCAGCAGUUCCUGGAAGAGCCAAGGCCUGCUCCUCCCCUCCUUUGCAGCUGCACCACCUUCCUGCACUGGGUUUUGUGGCUUUCUAGUUAAAUUCUCCAAGCAAAAUCCUCGCGGCUUGCUCUUAUUUGAGCCCUGCUGGGCUGGCAGUGGUUUGGGUCACCUGGGAGCAGAACCCCUCGUGUUGGUGCCCAGUUCAGCCAUUGCAAAGGCCCAGCCUGACCCACUGACCACUUCAACCUCUUCUUGGCCAACCUGAGCAGAGAGAGACUCCCAAAUGUGGGUGGUCCCUGCUGGCUGAAGCUGUGUCCCCACAUCUGACCCCUGUCCCACCCGUGCCAGGCCCUGCAGCCUCUACAGGCUUUGCUGUGCUCCCUUGGGUUCCUUCACUUCAGCCCCUGUGACUGCUUGCCACGUUUCCUUCAGCCCCACGUCCUCUUUUUGGGGUGGUUUCCUUGUCACGACAUGAGAUGUUGCUAAUGCACAGUUAACCUGAGGGGAUAGUGCCCUCGCUGCUCUGCCUGGCCUUUGGGGUGGUGAGGUGACAUUUUCUGCCUUUGUCCUGCCCCCUCCACUGAGGCUGGGGGUUUCCUGCUGGGUUUGGACAGCACUAAAUGGGGUGCACUUGGAAGAGUUGGGGUUUUGGGGUUGUGUUUUUCCUCUUUUGAGGUGAUUACUGGUGGGAGCAUCCCUGUCCUGGCAAAGCUCUGGGGACAGCUCUGCUCCUGCCUGGGGUGUGGUGGGUCCAGCAGAGCCUCACCUUGUCCUGGCUCAGAUUAUGGUGGGCAGGGGACACAUGGGACACCAGUGGGGACAUGGGGCUGGUGUGAGUCCAGCUGAUCCCACAGCACAGCUCGAGGGUGCAGCAUCUGUGUCACUUUCUUUUCUUCUUUAGUCGAAUUAACCGUUGGGUUGGUUGUGCAAUAUUCUCUGUUCUUGAACUAUUCUGCAUCUCCCUGAGCCUUUUCUAGCUGGGGUGACAAACCAGGAACAAUUCUAACAGCUGGUAGUUUUGUAACAAUGACUUUCUCCAGACCUUUUACAGACUUGCAGUUAACAGCAAUUAAACGAGUUCUCAGAGUC